AUGACCGUCACAGAUAUGCGGCCAGUCACCGAAUAUUUUCUUUGUGUCAUCGCAACGCCAAUCUUGAGCGAAUUUCCCCUAACCAUCCUCGAACUUGUCGAUGAGAAGGACGGAACAGCGCCUACGAACGAAAGAAUUCUUGACCAAAAAUUCCCACAGCACGGAAAAAGCACCAGCAAUCCAUUUGACCUCGGCUCGCCACAAAAUGGCCACAACGAACUCUCUGGCGUGGAUGCAAGACGGCAGAGAAACAAGAUCUAUGGGGUCAUGUUGGCCACUGUCACGAUACCUCUCCUCUACAUGCUGUGGCAGGUGAUCUCGUUCACCAGCAGAAUGCAGAUUAGCAAGCAAGAGACUUUGCUGUUCCAAUGCUUCUACUGGACUUUGACUCUGGCAACAGCUUCUCGUCUUACAUACGCGCUCAGUGCCUGCGCAAGAUUCUACGUCUACGUCUUUCGUCCUUUCUGGCUACCUAAAGGAACGCCGCUCAGAGUACAGGCGUUUCGAACAUGCGGCGCGGCUUUGUCUUUGAUGAUUUCGUUGAUGGGGAUUGUUGUUGUUGGCUUCCUGGUCAAGGUCUUGGUGUAUGACAACUUGGUGAAGCUGGCUGGCGAUCUUUUUGGCAAGAUAGUUUGA